GUCCAUGUGGAGAUGUCAACUCUCUCCAAUCUUUCCCUCCACUGGAGAUGCACAAACUUUUACCAAUGCUGGCACUUAUAGCGCAGCAUUGGUAAAUGAAUCGGCCCCUCAAGACCCAAGAAGUACUUUCAGUGACGUCAUCUCGGCCCUCGACGAGGUUCCAUCAUCAAGUCGAAGACCAGCAGCUGUAAACGAACUUCGAGUGACAAUGAUUUCAUAUCAUAGAGUAACGUGUAAAUUGUGCAGUGUCAGGCUAUUAUUUUGGAUAAAUUGGAUGAAAUGAGCUAAAUUGUUAAACGGAAGUGAAAACGGUGGGUCAACAUCAAUUGACAAGAUCCAGCUCCUCGUUCGACAGGUUGCCUUUAGCCCGAACGUAUCACGAACAGAGCGGACCUUUCAACGUAGCCAACGAGUUUCACCGGUAUCUUUUCAUAGGAAGAGACGAAACACUGAUGACGUACGGUAGCAGUGGCGCUACAAUGUGGAUCCUGCGUUGUGGGGCUGUUCUGAUAGUGUUUUGGUGCUGCACGAUCUCUCGGGUGCAAGCUAACCCGCGAUGUUUACUAGCAGAGCAAGAACGGGCUGCUUUUAUGGGCGAACUUUUGAAAGAGGCACAGACUGGAUCUGGUGGACUCCAACAAGCACAUGAACUCCGAAGACUCGUCCAUUCUGUUCUUGACAAUAACUCCUGGCGAGAGUUGCUUCAGAGUGAUUCGAGCGACUAUUCAGAAAGUGACGGCAAUCAGGUCCCUGGCGUACGGUUUCGAAUAAUGGAUGCAACUGGCCAACAAUUGAUUCCCGAGGAAUUCAUGCCCCUCAGUACAGAUACGAUCGUUCAUUUUGUCAUGGAGUUUCGAAAAGUUGUUUUACGAAAGUACGGCGAUCUUAUCCGCUAUUGGAAUAAUGCGCAACGCGGUUGCUUCGGAGUAUCAAGAAUUGGAGAGUCGAAACCCAACAGCGCGCAGGGCGCCUGGAAAAUUGUUGUUCAGACCGGCGAGGGCAAGAUCGUAGCAGACGACAGCUGCAUUCCAAAGGAUAUGCGUCUCUGGGACAAAUAUAUAGUGAGCUUCAGGAAGAUCGCUUGAAGGAAUCAACUCGAUGAGGAUUCGUGCCAGAUCCCUACAGAGAACGGAAUCACGGCAGAACUAAAGCUUCUUGGAGAGCCUUGCAACGCCCUCUUGCCAUCACCCAGCCAGGCCAUUUAACCCCUAAUCACCAGUAUUUAAUUUGUAACAACAGAACGAAUUAUAGCUCGUUGAGCAGUUCCUGCAUGAGCCAGCUGAUGUGAGGGUAUUUCGUUUCUGUGAGCUGAUGAUUCUGUCAAGAAUCGUUUUCGUUAUACGAAAAGCUGCACGAAGAGCUGAUAUUAUUUAUGGGUUGCUAGAACGUGUUAACGUGUAUAACUUAACGAUUUAUGUAGUAGCAUGGUGAAUUGAAAAGUCAAUUAUUCAAUGGAGAUUUGAAAACCUUGUCUCGCAGGCUUCGGUGUUCCUAAAAUAUAAUGUAGGUAGGGUUUUUUUUCAACGAAGCAGACGCUUAAUUCUAUUCUUAUAUUGGUGCUCAUUGAGCUGCAGGUUCAAAAUGACUCAAAUGAUUUAUAAAGGUAGACGUGUCCUCGUGGGCACUUGCUGUCGAACAAGUUCAACUGGUUUGGCCGUUGACAAAAAAAUUAUAUCGCGUUAAAAAUGUCUUCAAGUUCAGUGAAAAAAAUUGAUGGAUUUCGACAAAAAUUUGUGAAUGAAUAAUUGGUCCUGGCGUCGUACACCGGCAAAUACCAACUACCCAAAUACUAGCUUGAGCAAAUAAAAAAAAAAAUGAGCUAAAUCUAUGAUUUGCUUAUACGAUAAACUUAGUGCUGGGAAUUAUGAAGAUGGCAACACUUCAUUGGUUGAUUGAUUUUAUGAUAGAACGGUGGAUACCCUUUCUGAGGACGUGGAGAGACUUUAAGCUUGAGUGCCGGUUAUUUGAAAGAAUAAAAGUUGAAAACAUUCUGAAAAUUGUAAGAAUACAAAAUGGUGAAAUAAAUGUACUUGCAUGCA